UGGCUUCAACGAAACCGUUUCUGAGUACGAUGAAAGGUGUUCCUGAAGAGGCCGAAGAGGAAGAAGAAGGCGAAGUGUGGAGCUCCUUAACGACACCCCCACCUAAGCUGCCAUGCACGCUGGUCGGCGUGCCGGAGGAUGAAGGAGGAGGUGUGACAGAAGAGUGGUGGUCCAGUAUUCCAGAGCCUCCAGACGGUGGAUAUGGAUGGGUGAUAGUCGCAGCUUCCUUCUUCUGCAAUGUAGUUGUCGAUGGCAUCUCCUACAGCUUCGGCAUUUUCCUGAUCCACUUUGUUGACUUUUAUGGAUCUCCAAAGGGGAAAACAGCCUGGAUUGGAUCUUUAUUAUCCGGCUGCUAUUUGAGCGCAGGGCCUGUGGUGAGUGCCUUGACCAACAAGUUUGGGUGUCGGCCUGUGACUAUAGCUGGCAGCAUCGUUGCAUGUCUAGGAUUUCUUCUUAGCAUAGUUGCGCCGUCUGUUGAUGUCCUUAUGAUCACAUAUGGAAUAAUGGCCGGUGUGGGAUUUGGCCUGAUCUAUUUGCCAGCUAUUGUGUCUGUCGGCUACUACUUUUCGACGCGCAGAGCCUUCGCGACGGGGCUGGCAGUGUGCGGAUCUGGCAUGGGCACCUUCGUGUUUGCGCCCCUCACCCAACUCCUUCUGGAUUCUUACGACUGGAAGGGCGCCCUACUCAUCUUGGCAGGACUCGCUCUCAACUGCGCCGUCUUCGGUGCUCUCAUGCAGCCCCUUGAAGCAAGACCAACCGCCCAAGCCUCUAAGUCAAUGAAUGGAGUUCAAAAAUCUUCAGAUAACAAGGAGAAAUUGGAGGGUGACAUACUCAUUAUUAAAGAUGGUCCCUUAAAAGUUCCUCACAUCAAUACCGAACCAGGGGUCCAGUCUACGCUCAACUUAGACCAAGUAAGUCGGAUUGAACCUAAUUUGUUUGGUAGUUUUUGUUAUUGGUGUCCAAACAUUGAGCCUAAAUCCAGUUCCUUGCUUUCCGCCCUGACACCAGAAGAACAUCUGCGUUGCUCCGUGGAUGCCGUACAACGAUUGAAUCCGGACGCAUCACCCCAUGCAGACGGCUCGUCCCUUGGAGCCUUGGUGGAUGAUAAGACUUCUAAACCUAUCGCCAUCAAGAUAAGUCACAGCCACAUUAAUGUCAAGGAGCUCCAACGUCGCUUCACAAUGCCAGCCGCUAUGCCUGCUUCAACCUUUGCACUUGCUCCAUCCUCCAACAACAAUGCCACACCUUUACUGCAGGGAGGACCGCGAGGAGAAUCCUGGUCUGCGGCCCGUAGGCAGCAGCGACGCCUGUCUAGUCGAAAAGAUGUAGUACGGCCCCUUUAUCGCAAGGACAUUUUCUACAGCGGAAGCAUUGUAAACCUUCCUCAGUACCGACAGUCCAAGGCGGACAUUCGAUCUUACAUGCAGAGCGUCACCACAAUACCUCAAGACGAGUCCGAUGAUGAGGUAGAAACCACAAUGUCAUUAAAGAAACGUUGUCCCAAGUGGUGUCCAAAACUCCCACCCAGCAUGAAGCAUACACUGCGUGAGGCCCUUGACUUCUCCCUGUUGAAAGAGCCUGUUUUCCUGUUGAUGUGUCUCGCCAAUGUCCUCGGGAUGAUGGGAUUUUACGUACCCUUUGUCUAUGUUACAGACAGCUCAGUGAAGAAAGGUAUCGCCAAGGAUGCUGCUGCGUUUCUUCUAUCCGUGAUCGGCAUCACGAAUCUGAUUGGUCGUCUUGUCUUCGGGUGGGUGGUGGACAAAGCGGGCGUCAAAGCCCUCGACGUCAACAACAUGUGCCUCUUCGUCAGUGGGAUUGCCACACUAUCGGUGCCUUUUUGUAAUUCAUAUGCUACCAUAGUUACUGCAUGCGUGUUUUUCAGUGUCUUUGUCUCUGCUUACAUCUCACUGACGUCUAUCAUUCUGGUGGAAAUGGUUGGACUGGACCGUCUAACCAAUUCUUUCGGUCUUCUGUGUUUAUUCCGGGGCUUUGCCUCGAUCAUCGGGCCGCCACUCGCAGGUUCUGUAUAUGAUUGGACGGGAAGCUAUGACCUCCCUUUCUACCUUGCGGGGGCUUUACUCAUAGGUGCUGGCAUGUGUACGUUCGUGAUUCCUUGGGUCAGCAGAAGAAAAGGACCAGCACUCCAGGUGCGGGCCCCCACGCCAGAUAAGGAGCCAACAACUAGUCUCUGAAGCACAAACGGGAAAAGAACAGACGUUAUAAGAUGUUUCAUCUGUUAUUGUUUUAUUUCUUCAAGAUCUUCUGACACUCUACAUACACCGCUCGGUGUUAAUUAAGUUGUUGGCAGCAUUUACAUCUCAUUUGAAAGACAAUAAAAAUAAUUUUUUGAA